ACUCUAUCUUUUGAUACAGGUAAUCGUUGAUUUAAAACAAGGAAAUUAACAUAUCCCUUCCUCAUGACUGUGUUUCCCGGUCCGGGGGCAAAAUACACGUAAGACCAGGCCGACGCUGGUUCCCCCAGGGAUUAGGGCUACAAUGGGACAGCACGUACUACCACCCCGCAUAGGGAUCCACCCCGAACAAUGACAACCAUGUGGACGAGAGUAUUGAAAGCAUUCACGUCGAAAGGUUCCGGUAAAUACGAUGUGAGAGCAGCACCACCUGCAUUAGGGGACAGUAUCAACAGCAACAACAGCAGCAGCAGCGAUGGCCCAACUACUUCCACCACCUCCCCAAACAACUCACCACGACCUCCCCUACCCAAAGAUAAGCCUAGUCCAGCUGGGAACAAGCCACGCCCUCCAUUGCCCAAAAAGCCACCAGUGGCAAAGAAGCCAGCAAGGUUGUUGUCCUCGACGAGUGUGGAGGACGGAGCUGAGACAGGUUUGUCGUGUUCCCCUGACCCCCCAGCACUCAUGACCCCCCAGCAUGUAGCCUGCACACCUGAUGAUUUGUCCAACACACGUCAAACCGCCCUCACCUCCAAGGACAACAAAUUGCAUAAGUCGAAAACUAAAUCAACAAAGCGUUCAGUCGCUGAACUUGGUCUGUACGCAGCGGGGAAGAGCUUGUUUUAUGUCGAUCAGUCUCCGACUGAUGAGAACGCACCUCCCUCCAACACUGUGCCUGCCCUGCUUGCUCAGACCCCCAGCACAAGCACAAUAACAUCUUCCAACGAUGACAAGUCUGCGUAUGUUUCUGUUAUGCCAACCAAAAGCUCAAAAAACCCUCCAAAAAUCACUAAGCGUCGGAGCUUGAGGUCCUCUAACGGUAGCCCUAGCCAAGUGAACUCGUCUCCUGUGUUGAAUGAUGUGUGUGAUGGUAGAAGUAGAUGGUAUGUUCCUCCUUCAAAAGCUGCUGUGGCUGAAGAUGCAGCUGUGUCUGAGGAUGCAGCUGUACAGUCAGCACCAAACUGUGUUACAGGAAAUGCAACAAAAACAGAUGGACAAUCUGUAGAGACAGAUGAAAAAUCUGCAGAAGUGUUGCGUCAGGGAUCAAGAACAAGUCCAAAACCGGUAUCCAAUGGCCAAAAGAAAAUGGGUCCAAGAACCAGUCCCAGGCCAAGUCCCAAACCCAGCCCAAAACCUGUGCCAAGACCAGCACCAAAACCUAGGAAACGCUUGCUUUCAAUGGAUCAUAUAGAAAACCCUGACUUGGUUUCACCAGGCAAAGAAUCGUCAGAAGGGCCAGACAUGAAAUCAUCAAAAGAACAUACUCCAACAGAGCUAACAUCUCCAGCAUCAGAUAAGUUAGCAGAAUGUAAUCUCAGCUCAUCAACUGACAAAGGCUCAUUACCUGAUGAUGGCAUGAAUCGUAAAGGUCCACACACACCUACCCAUAACACAGGACUCAACCGUAGUGUUUCCUGUGAUAAGAGUGCGGAAGAAGGAAGUGUUUGUGCGAGGACUAGCUCAGAAAGUGCAUCAAAGCCAACUGAGUUGGAACUGGAAAAAAGUAUUACUGCUAAAGAAGGGUCAGUGGUUUCAUGUGACAGGAGAGCUACCAAUUCUGUGAAGGUUUCCAAAAGUGAUGAGGAUGAUCCUUCAAAUGAGAACACAUGCGAUAUGUUGAAAGAAAUUGAGGCACUUUUAAGCCAAAACUUCGGAGAGAGUGGUGUUUUGGCCGAAAAACCAAAAGUCUUGAAUGUCAGCAGUGAACAAAACCUCGACACCAAACUGAGGAAAUCUACCGAUUCUUUAGAAAGACAAGGUUCAGUUGACUCGGUCAACUCAGACACAAGCCCUUCAACCCCUACCCGCCCUCCAAGACCACGCCGAGUGGCUUCACAGCUCCUCAAACAAUUGAGUUUUGACAAACCUGUUCUUCUGAAGGACCCUGAUUCAAGUGGAGCAGCGUCAUUCAAAAAGCCAUGUCCACCCAAACCAAAGAGGACUAAUCUGUCACGAUUUGGCCGUAGCCAGUCUGAUGUCAGCGGGAUGAUAGGUCUCAUAGAAAAGUUAGAAUCCCCAGAAACUGAACCUGCAAGGCCGAAUGUUCCAAUGAGGAACCAGUCGUUUAGUCCAGGUGAUGCACCUCCACCAUUGCCACCCAGAAACAGUGUUAGAUGUGUUUCCAUGGAGGAAUCAGAACUAGUCCAAGAAGUGCUUGGGGAAGUGAAACAGGAGAAGACUGUGCCACCUGUGCCAGCAAGGACAUCGAUUCCACCAGGGUCGCAAGCCCCUUUUGCUAAACCACCACGUGUCCGAUCCCGCCCCCGGCCCAAGCGAGAAGCACCUCCCCCUCCACCUGCUCACCCUCCCGCAAUUAAAACCAAGUCCUUGGAUCGGACUGGUUCAUUAGACAAGUCGUCCUCACAAAACAAGCUAGCUUCUUCUGACCGAGGCUCUAAGCAGUAUAGAAAGAUUGAAAUUUCCGACUCAAAGAAGUCAUUUGAUGUAAAAGAAUUUGUUGAAACUUCCUCUGACAAAGAUGAUUCUUUUGAUCAUGAUUAUCAUGAAAUUGGCGAACAUCCUCCUUCAGAGAGAACUUCUCCUGUGAAGGAGGUGACCCCUCCUCCGUCGCUCCCCCCAAGGAGCUACCGACACUCAACAGCAUCAGUCAAGCCUGAGGAAGAUGAGGACACUGCAGAAGGGGAGAGUAAGCAAGACAGCUCAAGUGUUAAACAAGAUGCAGCUGUUCCUGAUGGAGCAGAUGUGCCCAAAAAGGACACCACUGACAAUCUCAGCUGCUCCAGUGAAGGCAAUCAAAGUCUUCUCUCCAGCAGCAGAGAGGAGAAUUCGGAUCACCUUGAGGUCUCGACCCCGAAAUGGCAGAGGUCGCGGCCUGUCAGUGAUACCAGCCAGUUGAGCACCAAUUCCAGUGGGUCGGGCGACAACUUCUCUAAUGUGGUGGGCCAUGAUAUUAGCUCCGACUCUGAUGAGGACCAAGAGGAUGCUACCUAUCAGAAAUUAAAAAGGGCUCGCAAGGUUUUCUACAUCGCAGAGGAAAUAAAGAAAUCUGAAGAGGUGUUUGUGGAUGUGUUGAAGCUCCUUAACAUAGACUUCCGAAACCAUGUGACCAAGGCGGCGGAGAAAUUAGAUCAUGCAGUGAUUCCGAGUGAAAUGCUGAAUAAGAUACUGGACUAUCUGCCCCAGCUGCACAACUUCAAUGAAGACCUACUUAAAGACCUGACCGAGAGGAUAGAGAAUUGGAAGGAAAACCCGAAAGUAGCGGACAUCUUUGUGAAGAAAGGUCCAUUUCUCAAGAUGUACUCAUCAUACAUUCGCAACUUCGAAAAUGCCACCGCCAUGUUCGAGGAGUCAUGUAAACGAUAUCCUGAAUUUCAGCGUAUUGUCAAGGAAUUUGAGGUGUCUCCCCGCUGUGCCUGUCUGGCUCUCAAACACUACAUGCUCAAACCCAUCCAGAGGAUUCCCCAGUAUAAACUUCUUCUACAAGACUAUUUGAAAAACCUACCCUCAGAUUCUCCAGACUACAAGCCUACAGAAGUUGCCCUGACUAUUGUAAGUGAGGUGGCAGACCAUGCUAACGAGAGCAUGAGGCAUGGGGACACCGUGCAGAAGCUGCUGGAGAUACAACACUCUCUGAUUGGUCAGUUUGAGGUGAUCCAGCCAGGCAGAAAUCUCAUCAAGCAUGGGGAGCUGCAGAAGUCGUCCAGGAAGGAGUUGCAGCCUCGCAUGUUUUACCUGUUCAACGAUGUGCUGCUGUAUACCACGCCAGUCGCUGGUGGCUACAGACUCAACAACAUUCUGCCUCUCACUGGCAUGAAGGUCUGCACCCCCCAGCAAGAAGCGUUCAGUAAUGAGUUCAGCAUCAUCAGUGUUCAGCGCUCCUUCACAGUGGCUGCAAGCACCCUGGAGGAGAGAGAUGAGUGGCUGAAGGCCCUCACAUCAGCCAUCAGUGAGAUAACCUCGAGGAGACACACUUUCGAAGCCAUGCAGCAUGGGCAACAGACUUUCUUGCUGGACAAGGACUUUGUGUUGGGCCACAAGGCGCCACUGUGGGUGCCGGAUGCCCGCGUCACCAUGUGCCAGCUGUGUCUCGGAGAGUUCACCAUCACCUGGAGGCGACACCACUGUCGUUCGUGUGGGAGGGUUGUGUGUGGGUACUGUUCAGACAAUAAGGCGCCUCUGCGUUACCUGAAGUACAAGUCAUCUCGUGUAUGUGAUGACUGCUUUGAGAAGUUAGAGAAAGUUGUAGAUGAAGAGGAUGGCAAUGUGGAGCCAGAGGAGAGUGGUGCACAGCCUUCAAAAAUCAGUCUCAAGAGUCUGAAAGAUAGGUUUCAGAAAAUCAGGAGAAGUGGUCGCAAGUCUCAGAUGAAAAGACCGGCUGUACUGAAAGAAGUCCGUGCCAAUGAUGAAGGAUCUGUAAUGAGUGGAUAUCUUCGUGUCCUUAAAAAUACCAAGAAAUGGAAGAAGCUGUGGUUUGUGGUCAAGGACAAGGUUCUCUACACUUACAAAGCUAGUGAGGACAUGGCUGCCAUAGAGAGUCUACCACUACUGGGCUUUGAGGUGUCAAGGACGACUGUGGAUCACUUAAAAACCGGGUGGAUCGAGGGCGCAGAGCCGGAUCUGGUGUUUCAGCUGACCCACAGCAACACACAGCCACACAUCUUCCGCACAGACAGUGCAGCAGCCACUGAAAAAUGGCUGACCGUGAUGAGAGAAUCUUCUGUGGCCUAGAAAAUGACAGAACAGUGCACAGAUAUGGACGUCGCUCAUGUCACAGACACCUGGAGUGUCAUCUCAAGCCAAGCUGUGCAAUAGUACAAGUCUCAACCUGCAGUCCUAGCUUGGAGCCACAUUCAGGGACGAGCUGGUUUGUCCAAGCCAAACAUAGAACAAACGUUCUAGGUUUGAUGGUAGAACAUAACUUAGGUUUAGUCUCAUAUUUGUACACACUAAACAGGAGUCUGGGUUCAAGUCCAUAAUUUGUUCUGAUUAUGAUCCUUGGUUUGUCAGCACCAUACUUGUGUUUGUAGGUUUCAAGAGGUGUACACAUGGGUUUUCCUUCCACGUUAAGGUGACAGUCUGUAUUACAACGAAGUGAGGUUCUAUAAGUGACAUGAAACAAACUCAAUCACUUGUUGAAGGUUUAUUGUAGAACUUGUGAAUAGAUUAUUAUCAGAAGUUGGUUAAAUUAAGAAAAUAUUUUUUACUGUUACGUGCACUGGAAUUACAGAAAAUAACGUGCAAUGUUCUAGUUAUGAUGAUUUUAUUGAUUAUGUAUGGAAAGAGUAGAAAUUACUAAGGAGAACAUAAAGAAAUAAAACUACAGGUAGUUGAAUAUUGGAGAAAAAAUAUUUAAGUUUAUAUAUAUGUCAAAUUAUUCCAGACGUGUGGAAAGAUGUGCUAUAAACAUCAAGCUGGCUGCUGUGACAUAACAUGAAAUACUGGUCAAAGUGGCUUUAAACCCAACUCACUCACUCUGAUAAUUAUGUGUAUUAAAUUACUGGCGUUCAUUAUAAUUGGGUUUGUAAUGAUUUGUCAGAAAUAUGUAUCUUGUUAAAACUUGACACAUGACACUUUGUCACAGAGAGGAGUUGUAUUUGAUAAUCAAGGGAAAUGACUUAAGGCUUGAACUUGAGUCAUUAGAACUUACAAUGGCUUGAGAACAUUUGUAUAUACCAUCAGAAAUAGUAUUUUACACAUCAUUAUGAGCCCUCAGUUUAUGCAUGUGUAUUGUUUUGUGUUCUACAUCACCUUACUUGAUGAUAAAUGUAUUGUAUGUCGUGAUGCACCACCAACUGUACAUGCUUGCCGUGAAAGACGACUCUGCUUGUCGUAAGAGGCGACUAUGCUUGUAAAAGGCGACUAUGCUUUUCGUAAGAGGCGACAAUGCUUGUCAUAAAAGGUGACUUAUGGGAUCAGGUGGUCA